AGUCAUGUGAUACCAUACGAAAAUAGUACUUGACACUCGAUGACACAAAGAUGAUUAAAAAAACCCAACAUAAUAAUAGCCUAUCGCAGUUGAAGGAUGAUUGUUAUCUAUGCUUCAUACCACCACUGACAUUGUCAUUGACAGUAGGCAUGCAAGAACUUGGAGAAGUUGAGUAACUGUGUAAGGUCAACAUGUGGAGAACUCAAUAAAUUUGAAAUCAAGUUUAGCCAAGAUAUUACCAGACCUUCAUUGCCAAGUAUAGACCGGUACAGGCCAUCUCUCAACAGAAAAACCUAUUAACUGGUUUAUCAGUCUUCUAAACGUCUUUCAUUAUCUGUUUGUUUGACAAAAUAUAUUGGUAGGACAGGAUGGAGUCAAGCUCGACAUCAACAUCAGUUUGCCACAAGGGCAAGUUGUCCAUGUGUCAAAAACUUUCUUAUGGAGUAGGACACUUUCUCAAUGAUCUGUGUGCGUCAAUGUGGUUCACAUACCUCUUAAUAUACCUUCAUAAAGUCAUAAACUUCUCGAACAGUAUGGCUGGAAAUCUGAUGCUGCUUGGCCAAAUAGCUGAUGGGAUCUGCACACCAUUCAUUGGAUAUGAGUCGGAUCGAACAAAAGGUAUUGGGAAAUAUGGAAAGAGAAAAACAUGGCAUUUAAUAGGUACUAUUUGUGUGGCUUGUACAUUUGCAUUCCUCUUCAACCAGUGUAUCACAUGUUCGGGUGCAGCGGACUGGGCCAAGUUUAUAUAUUACGCUCCAUUUGUGGUGAUCUUCCAGUUUGGCUGGGCCUCAACCCAAAUAUCUCAUCUGUCUCUCAUACCCCAUCUCACUCCGGAUGAACACGACAGGGUCGAACUGAACGCCAUCAGAUAUUCAUUUACUGUGAUAGCCAACUUGGUUGUGUUUGGCCUGACUUGGGUGCUCCUAGAUGUGCAUAAUACUUCUAGUGGUGAACUUUCUGUUCAAGAUGCCCCCAGGUUUAGGGAUAUAGCAUUCAUAGUAGUUGGUAUUGGAAUUGUGUUCAGUAUAAUAUUCCAUGUUGGGACGCGGGAGAAGGACCAUGCCUGUGAUAGUAAUGACAACGUCGAGAGUACACUCAGUUUCUCCAGUUCUACGACCCGACCACGGAAAAUGAAGUGGAAAUGUUGGUUCAAGGAGCCUCAGUUUUAUAUUGUUGGCUUAAUAUACAUGUGCACUCGUUUGAUUGUCAAUAUGUCCCAGGUUUACCUGCCAAUGUAUUUACAGGAUACAUUAGGAUUGAAAAAGGAUUACAUUGCCAUCAUCCCUCUCGUGGUUUAUAUCAGUGGCUUUCUCACAACAUUCCUCAUGAAAAUCAUCAACAAGUUAAUUGGCAAAAAGCCCACCUACUUCAUUGGCCUUAUAUUUGUUGCUGGUGGUUGUGUGUGGAUGUGGUUCAUUGCCACUAAGCACUUACAAUUGCAAGUCAUUGGUGCUGCCAUCUGUCUCGGGAUCGGAGGAACUACGAUCUUGGUUACAUCUUUGUCAAUGACAGCUGAUCUUAUAGCUUGUAGUCUAGAGAACAGUGCAUUUGUCUAUGGUGCUAUGAGUUUCUUAGAUAAAGUUUCAAAUGGUUUGGCUGUGUUUGCGGUACAACAGCUCCACCCGUGCCAGCAUUGUUGUGUUCGUUGUGAAUGGUACUACCGAGAUGUGAUGGUGUUUGGCAUUGGUGGGGCUGUCAUUGCUGGUAUAAUUGGACUUCUUCUGAUUUUACCACAGAAGAUAGGAACAAGAACUGAAAGGAAAAGUGCCAAACUACAAUGUGUUCCUCCAGGAGAUUCGUGUAUCCAGUCACGGGCCCCGUUGCUCAAUGGCGAAGUGCAUCCUGAUGGUUACGGAACUCUUGCUGAAUGCAGCAAUAUAUCGACUGUCCAUGCUGAUGUGCAUGCCGUACAGACGUAAUCUUAACUUGCGUGUUGAAAGGUCUCUUACAUGUGGAGUGGAGAAGAUCUAAUAAGAAGUGAUAUGGGUGGUGAUAAAUCUGAUUAUGCAAAGCUAGGUCCAUGUAUUUGUCAGAUUAUAGAUAUUGUGGGGGAAGGAGGUCUUUCUACAGAUAAGGUGAUGCAACUAAAAAUUUUUUUCACUAGUAAUGACCUGCCUACCCUUACGCAUUUGAGGGAAAUCCAGCAUAUUGCCUGACCUGUUUACACACUCUUCAAAUGUAAAUUAAAAUUUAAUGACAUAUGGCUUGCCAUCCUAGCAUAACUAGUGGUUUUCAAUACACUCUGCCUGUCGAUAUUUCAAACCCCUAGAAAUCCAUACCCUUCUGUUUCUGAGCCUUCAUAUGCCCAUUACUGUUUGGUUCCAGCGAAAUGGGCUGGUUUAAUUUUGCCAUUUUGCAUUACUGUGAUAUUUCUUGAUUGAAAAAUAAAGCUUUAUUUUUGAGUUAAUGCUGUACACAGGGGUUGAAAAGUCUGACACCCUGGACUAAUCAUGUUUUUAAUUUGGGCUUGAGCUUGGCGUGGAUGUGUAAAGAUUUUAGGCAACUAGCGUGAUUUGGCAGCUUAACUUGGCGAGCUCAAGAUCUAGGUUAUAAACAACUAUGCGCCAAUGAAGCCAUUUUGAAUUCAGUGGUUAUGGUUAGGCAACCAAAACCGCUUGGGUUGGUGCUAAUAUUUAAUUAGAUAUGUUUUAGAAUAGAAAAUGACACCUAACUGUCGGUAUUGAUUGUCUCACCCAGACCGCUCGGGUGGAGGUAAAAUGUUGGCCAAAAACUCGCACUCGCGCGGAUAUGGCGAAGCAACCAUUACCAACAGUGAGGUAUCAAUUCCAUGUAUCAUAUGUUAUAAUAUCUUUACUUUGAAUGGAAAGUUACUCUAUUAGCAUGCCAUAUUCUAUGGAUGAAUUAAUAAGAAUUUGGCAUAAGAUAGGUACAUUAUUUCUGUAGAAACAAAUGAGAAGAUUUCUUUGUCAGAGGGAAAACCUCACGCCAACGUAGAAUCUCAAUCGAUUUAGAUGCAGUUGUUAUUUUUUCUCCACAAAUCAGAUUAAGUUCAUAAGGAAUUAUUUGUACUAAUUUUCGAUAAACGAUUGAUUAUCAAUGUUAAAUUAUGAGUAUGUGGCAAUAAUUUAAAAAAAAAGUUUGCUAGCCUGAAGAUCUCAUCUUUAUCAUAGUGUACUUCAGAGCAGGGGAAAAUCAGUGGGUUUACACUUAUUUCUUGCAUGGAUAAUUUUCCGUUUGUUGUAAUCAAUUUUAGUCACAUUUAUAAAUACAUAUUUUGUACAAAGUAUCACUUUUAAAAGGUCCAAAUAAAGAAAUAC